UUACAAUAAUUGUUAAAUUAUUAAUUAUAUUUUGCUCUUUAGAUGGUGUCUGUUGGGACAGUCACUUCACCUGUGCGUGGCAUUCAACCAGCAGCUAACUCUGCUACCAAUAGAGUUGGUGUUACUCCCAGCCGGAGUAAGAGUGACGUCGCCGCUGCUCCAGGAUCGAACAAAGAAAUAUUUCGCAUCGCGGGAGCGGUUGGCAACGGUAACCUUAAUGUGCCAAAUGGGUCCAUAGUUGACAUUGACAAAGGGGUGUUUGUGACACCGAAAGCGUCAUUCGCUCCCUCGGUACUGAAAUCACAGGCACAGGAAAAAUUAUUUAUGCAACAACUCCGUUUUAUACAUAGACAGUCGAUCAAUCAAAGAAAAGGACGAAAAUCAAGACCACCCAUUGUUGUCCAGCGCCACCUUUUGCCAAGAAUACAAUCAUCUGGUCCGAUACGCAACAUGAUGUCUUUGUCGACAUCAACAGGAAAGUUUACACCAGUGGACGCCAGCUCCCUAAACAGCGUAGACCCAUCGUGCCCCAAGAUUAAGCUCAAACCCGUCUCAAGAUCACCGGUUCCAAUAGCUCCUAAUAUUCCUAUUUUGUCUCCUGCUCCGCCAGUUGUUAUUAGUCCAAUAUUGAACAGUCCAAUCAGCAGUCCAGUUUCUUUUGUGACUAAUUCGCCAUCUCCAGUAACAGUGCCACAAACUAUGCAAAUAUCAGCUCCAGUUGCCAUGGUUCCCAUUUCGGCUGCUGCAUCGGUGAUGCCGAUUGUUGCAGCGCCUUCUACUCCUUGUCCAAUUGUAGCCAUCCCGGUGACAACGAACCAGGUUUAUGCUCAGCAAGCGCCACCGGUAACCUCUGUUGCAGCCACGCCACCACAGAACAAGACCUGCGAUAGUAGUGUGCUAUCGACGCCCAGCCCUCCAAGUAAUGAUGUCAGUUCCACAGACAGUCACGCCAAGGAUGGCCAGUCAUCUUUUAGGCUUUCACCACCACCAAAUCUGUCCUCAAUCUUAGAUAUAUCCCUACCAUCUGCUGAUGCCCCUGAGGACACCAGUAUUGGAGGCGAGUCCCUUAUCGCCAUGGCAAUGGAUACUGCUGGUCUAACAG